GGUCGGCAUGGUAAGCGAAAAGAAAUUGCAAAGAAAAAAAAUUAUAAAUGCAAUGUUGGCCACUUACAACUGAGAACUUGACUCUAGGGAUGGGUUAGUUCAUUCAGUGGGUAUGCUUUUAGGCUGUGGUCGAUAACCUCAGUCUAAUCAUCGAUUAACAUGUCCGAAAACGUUGCCCAACACUGAGAGCGUCUUCCAACUUUCCAAUAGAAGCACAGCUAUAAUUAUUGGAAUUUGGUGGUAUAUAAAUGCCCACGCGGCUACAGUCCCGCUCUUUUCGUAACCAGAAACACAUUAUGCUGCUAAAUCAUUGUGCAAGUACUCUUAAUAGAGUUAAAGAUUAAGCGCCACUACUUACAAGCGUCGUCUGAUCGGUGACGUGAUCUGAUCACAUACUGGAGGGAAAGAACGAAACUGCCCCAAAAUUUUAAGUGACAACUGGGUUCUUCGCGGUGGUUGCCUCGCCUUGGAGCCCCAACCACGUGAUUUGCAUAACCCCCUCGGAGGGAAUUCUCCCAAGAGAAUAGUAUCAAGUUUUCAUCUGGCCACCGGGCCUCUGCAAAUACUGGCCGGUCGGAGGGAUUCUGACCACCAACUAGCGUUAUUAUACCCCUGGCUACGGAUAACUGAAGCAAUUGUCUUUCUGGGAGCUACGCCAACGUCCCGAAGCCUUAACCUUCGAUUAACCACUGAUUGGACACCCCGACCUAUCUAUAUAGGUAUAGAUCGGUGCGCAGUAGAACACCUACAACUAACUUCGCACCGCAGGAUGAGCACAAGCCGCACCAGUUACUUUUCCCAGUCAGGAUCAUUUAUGGAAACCCCCAAAACCUGGAUCGUCAGCGGAUAAGGGAUUAGGAUAAAAGUAGUGCAGGUUGCUAGACCAUACGGAGUGUGUUUUUGCGAGAGUGUGUUUUAUCGUAACCGCCGUCAUGUAGCCCCGUAAUUUUUAUACUUCAAUUAAUCUCCGCUAGCAUCCAUCAUUUCACCGCUGGAAGGCCUUUCAACGCUGGAACUGGACACAUGUGAGUUCGUAAAGCUAAGAGUAAUUUCGUAUUUGUCGUAGAGUAUGCCAUACCUACAUUCUUACAAGAACAUUUCAAAUGAAUAUAAAGAUUAGGGGGUGACUGAAAAGAAAACAAACAAAUUAUAUAUCUAAACCUUGAAAUUAAACGAAAUUUAAAUACUAUAGAGCCCGUUACGAAAGAAAAUUUUUUUUAAUUUUUAUUUUUUUCAUAACGCGACUCCAUAUGGCCUAGGAUUCUUAUUCAAAAAAAUAUUUCUAACCUUAUGCAUAGUUCGUUUGAUAGAAACCUCAACAUUUAACCAUAAAUAUUAAGAUAAGACAUCACAAAAUGAAUUAAAUGAAAUACUUUUAGAUCUAAGAAAAUGUACUGAAAGGAAAUUUCGAUAGUAGUUUAAGUAAAGGAAGGAGAUUUUUUUAGUUUUCUUACUUUGUUUUGAUUAAGCGCUCCAUGAAGUUGCAUAAAUGAAUACUAUUACUACAUCUUAUUUGUUCGGCCAUCCAGCCUCUUUUGUAAAUAAAUUUAUUAUAUGAACUUAAAACAAAUCAUGAAUUGCUAAACCUGUAAUUAUCCUGAUUUGACAUGGCAGCUUAAAUAAAAUCGGAAGUCUCUAUAGGGAAUUUUCAAAGAUGCUAUCGUGAAGAUUAUGGUCGGGUUGGGUAGAGAAAGCGAGGUUCAAAUUCCACCACAGACCUUGCUACCGUUUAGUCUUGCUGUCGUCUGUAACGUUCUUCUUUUUUUUUUUCACUUUGCGAGUUCCGUUUUAUUUUUUAGUUUUCUUCUUUUAGUAUGGAAUGUACAAGCCUAGUAACUUAUAGUUUCCGUAGGAAUCCUAACAAUUAAAGUAUGUGUGGACCGUUAUGAAAGGCAAUCCGACCCACCCCAUCGCCGAAAGAGCUAAGGCACCAGAGGAUUCCGCCUGCCAUUAUUCAUAAUCGAGUAGAAGAGUGAGAGCACGAAUCACCAGUGUUUGGGUACUGUUAUACCCCUCGGCUUCUCAUGCUUAAGUCAACCAUUACAUAACUUUUGGCGCCCAACGUGGGGCAGGCCACGGUACGAUUACAACGUUCAGUGGUAUAGAUUUCCUAAUCCAAUUUAUUGUCCUUUAUGGGAUUUCCCAAGGAUACUGAAGUGUGGAAGUAGUUAGAUCGGCGUGAUCUUUCUAUCGCAUUUCAGAGGGAAAAGUGCGACCUACGACGUUGGUAUUCGGACGCGGAUAUCAAACCGAGAAACCUGAAGUGUACACCAACCCAUGAAUUUAACAAAACAUCAGCUAUUCGGAAAUCUUGUGUCCCUAACUAUCAAUGCUCUUUUGUUCAGUGGUAGGGUUUGUGCAGAAUACCAGUCGCUUAUUUGCAAGCGAAAGGGACGAGCACUUAAAGAAUAUUGAUGAUUUGACUCUGAUCGAAUAUCAAUACUUAAGGAUCGCUCAGCUGGUAGAGUGUUGUUUCCACAGGCCGCUACUGCUGCAAAUCCCUUAAAACACAUCUGAUAGCUCUGUGAGUUGCGAGUUGUCAGUAAAAAUACGAUCAAGAAGUAUCUGUUGUCUGGAACUUGUGAGGAUGCAGCUUAAUGCUUCCACUUGCCGAACAGAAACCUGUAGAAAGUUAGUCAACGCACUCAUUUCAAUCGGGAAAUCAGACUUUCAAUAAUCCAAUCCUCAACGCUAGUUAUAGAUACAGCAGGCUAAUACAAUAACCUCCAUUUUAUUAAGUUGCCAUCAAAUGUCAAAUUCAGGAUACAAAUCUAAAGAAAAAAAAAAAUUAAGAUAACCAGCAAUGCCAGUAGUGAAUACGCCUCCCAGAACUUCUUCUGAAGGUAAUAUUGAGAAUAAUUGCGCUCUUUGCUCAACGGUUAUGGAUAACACCAAUCCUUGUUAUCAUUUAGCGUGCAAGCAUGUCUUUCACAAAAAUUGUGUAGAAGCCUGGUUAACCGAGAAUUCGUGUUGUUAUUCUUGUAAUGCUCCGAUUAAUAAAAAAGAGAUUAAAGUAGUGGUUGGAAAUUGUUCGCCAUUUCGAGCGCAACCAUUGCCUGUGCCGACAGCGCCGGUUCAGCGUGGAGUAACUACUAGAAACUUAGCCAGAGCUCUAGCCCAGUUAGAAGAAGCUAAUCCGGCCAACAUACCGGAACCACUUCCUUUGAAUACCAGUGGUGCUCCGUCUUCUGUAUUGGAUGCUAGUCAAAGUACCGAGCAUCGUGAGGGUAUUGCUAGACACCCUCGUGGUAGGCCCCGUUCGGGUAGACCAGUCAGAACCAUCGACUCACGUCGAACUCAAGCGGUGGAUUAUAAUACAAUUCAAGAUAUGAUAGAGCAAACCGUUACCAGGGUUUUAUCGUCCUUAUCCAUACAGCACCUUCCACCACCAAGCAAUUCCCAAGGGCCGGACAUGACUCGGGAGCAAGCCUCUUUCAGUUCGUCCUCAAUAAGUUCUCGGCAGACAGUCGACAUCAUGCAAAAAUGGGGAGUACAUUUUGAUGGAUCUACUGACGGGUUAGGCGUUGAAGAAUUUAUAUAUAGAAUUAAAGCGCUCACAGACAAAACUUUGGGCAGUGACUUUACAAGUAUGUGUAAGAACAUGCAUGUAUUGUUCACCGGUAAGGCUAGAUCCUGGUAUUGGAGAUACCACAAACAGGUAGAUGGAAUAGUUUGGUCUAACAUUUGUGCGUCACUCCGUCAACAUUAUAAGGACUAUCGAUCAGAUUUUAUGAGCAUGGAGUUGAUAAGAGCACGAAAGCAAAAACACGGUGAACCUUUUUCCGCCUUCUAUGAGGCAGUGGCUUCUUUAAUUGAUAAGGCAUCGAUAAAAAUUGAAGAAGAGGAGUUUAUUGAAAUCUUAAAGAACAACCUGUUACCCGAGACUAGGCAAAAGUUGCUGUAUCAGCCCGUGCAUUCGGUGGGACACUUACGUCGCCUAGUACAAAUGAGUGAAAACUUAUCCCAUGAAAUCAGUUGCCGGACAGAACAAGUUAAGACAAAAUCAAUUCCAAAUCGCCGACAGGUUUUUGCGUUAGAAGAUCAUAGCUCGGAGGUAGAAGAAAUUUCUCCAACGGGUGCAGAAAUUGCUGCUUUACGUAGAUCUACGGAAAAGCUAAAGUGUUGGAACUGCGAAGAAAUAGGUCACAUCUGGGAGAACUGCUUAGCAGAUCGUCGAGUAUUUUGCUACGGCUGUGGCAGGCCAGACACCUACAAGCCGCAAUGUCAAAAUUGCCUUCAAAAGCAAUCGGAAAACCGACCUACGGGAGCAUUCAACAAGAACCGAAUGCCCCCGAAAAUUUAAAUCCAAAGGCCACAUUACAUAAGCCAACGAUGGCUAACUGCAUUCCGAUGCGAUUGCGCCCAUAUGAAGAACGGGUCAAAAACUAUGCUGAAGUAAGGAAGCGUCUAUUUCAGGAUAUCAAGCCGCACCGCAAUCGGCGCACACUUAGAUUAAAGUCAUUUUAUGCCGAGGUUAGAAGAAAUAAACAAUUACAAAUUUCCACUAUCUUUAACAAAUCGAGUGACUUGCGAAGCUAUGCUGAAGUAUCGUUCAUGGGGUAUACAGAACUUGGUCUGUUGGACACAGGAGCGAACAUUAGUUGUCUUGGAGAAGAGCUAGCCCAACAGGAUUUUUCAAGUCAUCCUCAAUUUAAGCCUAUCAAAUCGCGAGCUAAGACAGCAAGUGGUGAAAAUCAAACCAUAAUAGGGUUUCUAGACAUCGAACUAACCUAUAAUAAAGUUAGAAAACCCCUGCGUUUGUAUAUAAUUCCCAGUAUCAAACAAAGACUUAUUCUUGGCCACGACUUUUGGAGAACUUUCCAAAUUGCUCCAAAUAUUAUAU